AUGCUCGACGCGGUACCAUCGGUGCGGGCGACGGCACUGACGCAGUCGUAUACUUGGCGCUCACACAUCCCGGAUGCGUGCGUGAGCGGCACGGGUCAUCGACGGGCGCCUUGUGUUCUGGGCGUCGACGAGGCCGGUCGAGGGCCUGUGCUAGGCCCUCUGGUCUAUGGUGUCGCGUUCUGCCCCCUCAAUGCGCAGGAAGGCCUCCGUGACUUGGGAUUCGCAGACUCGAAAACACUCACUCCCGCGCGACGCGACGAGCUCCUCCAGGCCCUCUUGCGCGAGCCAAGCAUGGGCUGGGCGGUCCGUGUCAUGUCGCCCCAGGACAUCUCUGCUGGCAUGAUGCGACGUGUGCCGUACAACUUGAACGAGCAGAGCUGCGAUGCUACUGUUCAACUCAUACAGGGCGUGCUCGAUGCGGGCAUCGAUGUCACGCACAUCUUUGUCGAUACUGUGGGUGAGCCCACAGCCUAUGCUGCCAAGCUCAAGCGUCACUUUCCGCGGUACGGACACAUUGAAUGGAAGGUUGCCCGCAAGGCUGAUGCCACGUACCCCAUUGUCGGCGCCGCUAGUAUUGCUGCGAAAGUCACACGCGAUGCAUGCCUCGACAACUGGGUGUAUGCAGAGCAGCGCCUGUCUUCGGCCGCGCUUGGGAAGCGCAAGCGGUCAGACGAUGAUGCCUGGGAGACCGGUAGUGGCUAUCCUGGAGAUCCUAAGACGGUGCGCUACCUCAAAGAGACGUUGGACCCCGUGUUUGGAUGGACGGGCAUCGUGCGUUUCAGCUGGGCCACUGCCAAAUCCAUGCUUGAGGAGCCUGUCAAGACACCUAUUCCCACCACUUCGAUCCUAGGCACAGCAUAUCCCCCCUCGUCAACGCGUGCGUUCAAGGUAGAGUGGUCCGACGAGGCGAAAGCGCCGAAGCCACAAAAGUCGAUCGCGAGCUAUUUCAAGGCAGCAGCACCGAACAAGCAACACAUGGGCACAGGCGCUGCGGCCUCACAGUCCAGCGGCAUACAUCAAAGAGAUCGAAAGAUGCUAUCUGAGCACACAUCGAGCUUAUGGCGCCAAUUGGCACUAUCUGCUGCCACCGAUGCCGACUUGUUCUAA